AGCAGCAGAAAGAGGGCGAGUGAAGAUACAGUCAGCGCAGGUGAACAGCUACAAUCUGCACCACGUGUCGCCAACAUGGAGGAGGACGAGCAUAAACAAGACUUUCUCUAUUGUGAAGAGUGUCAGUCAUUUUUCAUCGGUGAAUGUGACGUUCAUGGUGCUCCAUUGUUCAUUCCUGACACCUUUGUGUCUGUGGGGGCUGCAGACCGGGCCAGACUUACCCUUCCUGCUGGACUGGAGGUUCGGACAUCCAACAUUCCCAAUGCAGGACUCGGGGUGUUUAACCAGGGUGAGAUUCUUCCAGUUGGAGCACAUUUUGGCCCUUAUGAGGCAGAAGCAAGCAAAAAGGAGGAAGCUAUCAGCAGUGGAUACUCAUUUGUGAUAUACAAGAGAAAGCACUUGAUUGAAUAUAUAGAUGCCAGAAGAGAAACACACUCGAACUGGAUGAGAUAUGUAAAUUGUGCUCUCAGUGAAGAGGAACAAAAUCUGGUGGCAUUUCAGUAUGAAGGAGCGAUUCUGUACCGAUGUUGCCGGACAAUCAAAACUGGUGAAGAAUUGCUAGUCUGGUAUGGAGAGGAGUAUGCCAGAGGUUUUGACAUCACUUUUGACCAUCUGUGGAACACUAAAUGCUCUGACAGAGAGACCGGUUCAUGUCCAGUGUUUUCCUGCUCUGUGUGUUCAUUGUCAUACACGGCACAAACUUAUCUCCACAAACAUAUGAGAAGAUGCCAUCAUGAGGAGUGUGACAAACUGCUGAAAUGUGGAGAGAUUAAGAAUGAGGACAUGGUACCUAAGACGACCUUGAAAACAGAACAUGUAUCAUCUGAUAAUCUCUGCUCUGCCACUCCAAACGAACUAAAACACAGAGAAGAAGGCAAGGAGAAAACUCACCAUUGUGCAGAUUGUGGGAAGAGUUUCUCUUUAUUAAGUCAUUUUAUUGCACACAAGCGCACACACACAGGAGAGAAGCCGUAUCACUGCACACAGUGUGGGAAGAGUUUCUCUCGGUUAAGUGAUCUCAGAGUACAUCACCACAUACAUGCAGUAGAAAACCCAUGUCACUGCUUACAGUGUGGGAAGAAUUUUUCCACAUUAAAUAGGCUCCAAAUACAUCAGCGCACACACACAGGAGAGAAGCCGUAUCAAUGCACACAGUGUGGGAAGAGUUUCUCUCGGUUUGGUGAUCUCAGUGUACAUCAGCGCACACACACAGGAGAGAAGCCGUAUCACUGCACACAGUGUGGGAAGAGUUUCUCUCAGUUAGCUGAUCUCCGUGUACAUCAGCGUAUACACACAGGAGAGAAGCCGUAUCACUGCACACAGUGUGGCAAUAGUUUCUCUCGGUCAAGACUUCUUAGUGAACACAAGCGCAUACACACAGGAGAAAAGCCUUAUCACUGCACACAGUGUGGGAAGAGUUUCUCUCGGUUAGGUGAUCUCAGUGUACAUCAGCAUAUACACACAGGAGAGAAGCCGUAUCACUGCACACAGUGUGGCAAGAGUUUCUCUCGGUUAGGUGAUCUCCGUGUACAUCAGCGUAUACACACAGGAGAGAAGCCGUAUCACUGCACACAGUGUGGCAAGAGUUUCUCUCGGUCAAGUCUUCUUAGUCAACACCAUCGUAUACACACAGGAGAAAAGCCUUAUCACUGCACACAGUGUUGGAAGAGUUUCUCUCGGUUAGGUGAUCUCAGUAAACAUCAGCGUAUACACACAGGAGAGAAGCUGUAUAAUUGCACACAGUGUGGGAAGAGUUUCUCUCGCUUAGGUGAUCUCAGUGUACAUCAGCGUAUACACACAGGAGAGAAGCCGUAUCAUUGUUCACAGUGUGGCAAGAGUUUCUCUCGGUCAAGUCUUCUUAGUGAACACCAGCGCAUACACACAGGAGAAAAGCCUCAUCACUGCACACAAUGUGGGAAGAGUUUCUCUCGGUUAGGUGAUCUCAGUGUACAUCAGCGCAUACACACAGGAGAGAAGUCGUAUCACUGCUUACAGUGUGGCAAGAGUUUUUCUCAUUCAAGUCAUCUUAGUAGACACCAGCGCAUACACAUAAGAGAGAAGCCGUAUCUCUGCACACAGUGUGGUAAAAGUUUCUCUCAUUUGGUUAAUCUUAGUAAACACCAACAAACACACACAGGAGAUAAGCUGUAUCCUUGCUCACAGUGUGGGAAGAGUUUCUCUCGGUCAAGUAAUUUUAAAAGACAUCUGCGCUCACACACAGGAGAGAAGCCGUAUCACUGCUCACAGUGUGGGAAGAGUUUCUCUCAGUCAAGUCACCUUAGUGUACACCAGCAAACACACACAGAGGUGAAGCCAUAUCACUGCACACAGUGUGGAAAGAAUUUCUCUCGGUCAAGUCACCUUAGUAGACACCAGAAAACACACACAGGAGUGAACCUCUAUUACUGUGUACCAUGUGGAAAGAGUUUUAAUAGGUUUAUUGGUCUUCAAAGACAUCAGCAGAAACACAAAUAAGUCAUAUCACUGCUUAAAGAAGAAACUGAUGUCACUAUAUGCAGGUCACUUAUCAGAACAUAAAUAGAAUUGUGAGUUCCAUUUCUGACACUUACUCAACGUUGUGUAGAUGACUUUAUUGUCCCCUUAGGGAAAUUCUUUUUCACAGCAUCAUUCUAUUCCACAUACACAGCCACAAACAAGACACAUUUAACACAUUGACUUGACAUUUUUAGUCCACACUCUGGGCUGUCGAGCGAGGCCUUUUGUUCAGUACUUUGUUCAGUUCAGUAAAAUACUGU